AUGAUAACACUACAUAGGUAUACGCGUACCCCACGCCCAAACACAGGUAACAACCCCCCGGGUGCAAGUGGCCCAGGUAUUAAUACACCUGUGCAAAAUCAACCAGGUAAUAUUCUGCCUGCUCAAAAUCAACCAGGUAAUAAUCCACCCGUGCAAAAUCAACCAAGUGAUUUUCCAAUCGAUCUGAAUCAACCCGGAAAUAAUCCACCCCCUUCGAGUAGUUCGGGAAGUAAUCAAUCGCAAAUAUUACCGCCCAUGCAUAUUCCACCCCCAUCGGUUAAUAUUGUGAACAAUCCACCACCACCGAUAGUACAGAAUAUUAGCUCUGCUCCUAAUAUAGCAACAGGCACUCAUCCCUCCCCUCAAUCCUCAGUUAAUCUCCCCUCAACUAGACAAGGCGAUGAUAGCCAGCCCCCACCUCCUCUGGCGUUCAAUUUCCCGUCAACUAGCAAAGGCAAUGGUAGCCAGCCCCCACCUCCUCUGGCGUUCAAUUUCCCGUCAACUAGACAAGGUGUGGGUUACCAUCCCCCUCCGCCACAGAUGCAUGCCAAGUUGAUACAAAAUACAGCGUCGACAGGGCAGGUGAAGAUACGCGAAUCUUCAGGCGGGGUAUUGUUAGAGGGUGGAGCGGGACAUUCAGGGGGCGUGAUUACCCCUUCCCAAAAGGUUCAGCUGUCGGAACACGUGCAGAGUGGGAAUACGCAAGUGGUAGAAUUUGGUGCGGGAAUCGUUCGCACUAGCACUAUGGAGAACGAUACAAUGUAUGAAGUAGCCUCUGAUCAGUCAAGAGUGGGUUCUUCUGUGGCUCUAGAAUUAAAUCGUUUACAAAUGGAAUUAACUCGUUUACAGGGUCAAGUAUCUUAUAAUAUUCCGAGACUUCCCCCAUUUAAUAAAACCGACCCAACUCUUUGGUUCGCGCAAGUAGAAAGAAUUUUUGAUUUGCGUAAUAUAACCUCAGAAUCUGCAAAAUUUAAUGCAAUAAAUAUGGAAUUAGAUUCAGAAGCAUCUGCGUGCGUGAGAGAUUUAAUUUUAAUGAACCCUACUCCGGAAAACAUUUACUCCUCGGUUAAGGCAAAAAUAAUAGCAAAUUUCUCGGCGACGGCAGAACAACGGUUCAAGCAAUUAUUGAAGGGCAAGUUGACAGUACCGGAUAAACCGUCUCAAUUACUUGCAGAAUUGCGUAGACUUAAUGACAAUAAUCUUUGUCCGGAGGAUUUCUUAAAGGCUGUUUUCUUCGAGUAUUUAUCGUCAUCAUGUCGAUCUAUUUUGGCUCCAAUGCGAAAUGUCUGUCUUGACGAACUUGCAGAGGCCGCGGAUAAGAUUUAUGAUGAAACUCAAAAUACAGCAAAUCAAGUUUCAGUCGUAGAUUCAAAUCCUUCCGAAUUAUCGAACCUAAUAUCUGAAUUGAAAGAAGUUUCUAAACGAUUAGCGAAUAUGGAAAAUGAUAUUAAAUCAUUAAAGAAAAAUCAACGCGGUCGCAGUAAUUCUAGUUCGCAGUCAAAUAGUCGCGAUUAUCAAAAAGGAAAUUGCGGUAACACGUUGUGCUGGAAGCAUAGAAAAUUUGGUAAAAAGGCCAAGAGUUGCACUCCGCCUUGUUCGUGGUCAGAUGAUAAAGGGAAAUCGUCGGAAAACUAG